AUGAAUUCAAUGACUUCAGCAGGCUCCCAGGCCAAUACUGUGUUUGUGAUGGCACCCCACAACGGGUAUCCUGUGAUCCCAGGAAGGAUGUCUCAGGUGCCCCAAUAUCCACUCAACCAGCCCCAAGUCCACACAAUUUCUGGGAACCUACAUGGUUUGGAGCCACCUGUGCCUAUGCAACCUGACCAGAGAUCCUUUAAAGACGGCAAGGUUUUAGGGGCCAUCCAAAUCCUGAUCGGCCUGAUACACAUUGGCCUGGGCAUCAUCAUGGGGACCAUCAUCCCUUGGGGCUACACAGCUAUCUCAUUCUACGGAGGCUAUCCCUUCUGGGGAGGCAUCUUGUUCAUCAUUUCAGGAUCCCUCUCAGUGGCUUCAGAAAACCUACCGAGAUCUCCUUGCCUGUCCUCUGGAUUAGCUACUUCUGCCGUGCUGUUCAUCUUUAGCCUCCUGGAGUUCUGCAUUGCCUGCACGUCUGCCCACUUUGGCUGCAAACUACUCCACCAUUCACACAACAGCGAUGUGGGCAGGGGCAAUCUGGCUGUGCUUACCAUCUUUACCAUCCUGGAGUUCUUCAUUGCAGUCAUUGCCACCCAUUUUGGGCACCAAGCCACCCUAGCCCAAGCCAAUGCAGAAAAAACCCUGACUGAAGCAGCAGUCCAGCCUCUGUGA